AUGAAAAUACUUUGUCAGUGUAUAUUAAUACUCUUUUUACAUAAUGUUACGGGAAAAAAAUUUAAAGAGGACGAAAAACCAAAAUGGGCUAAAAAAGAUAUUAGAGAUUACAAUGAUGCUGACUUAGAGAGAUUGCUGGACCAGUGGGAGGAAGGGGAAGAACCCUUAGAACCAGAUGAAUUACCUGAACAUUUACGACCACAGCCCAGCAUUGAUUUCAGUAAAUUAGAUACAAGUAAUCCUGAAAAUUUAUUAAAACUAACAAAAAAAGGAAAAACUUUAAUGAUGUUUGUUUCAACAACAGAAGAUUUAAGUAAAGAUGAAUCAGAAAAAGUUACCAAAUUGUGGCAGACUAGUUUAUGGAACAAUCAUAUUCAAGUUGAAAGAGCUAUAUUCAUGUUUAAAGAUGGAUCACUAGCUUGGGAAGCCAAAAAUUUUCUGAUUGAGCAAGAAAGUUGUAAAGAAGUAACUAUUGAAAAUAAGUCUUACCCUGGAAAACACAUUAAAAAAGAAAGCCAAAAACUUGAAAAAGAAGAAUUAUGA